UUUCCCUUCGUGGACUCCAGGUUCAGAACUCACUCUCAAGGCUCGAAAUAUCUGAGGGAGGAUCCAGGCUGGUUUUCAGUGUUCGAUGCCGUCCAACGUGGAGUUGAAAGCCCGGCUGGCUGACCCCACCCGGUUGAUCCAAGUUGUCCGCACUAUGGCACACGCGCACUCGGUGCUGCGCCAGGAGGACACCUACUUCGGUGCAGCGCGAGGAAGGCUCAAGCUGCGCCUGCAGGAGAUGCUCGCCGAAAGCGGAGAGGCUCAGGACGAGACAGCCACGCUGUACUACUACGACCGGCCCGACACAGUGGGUCCCAAGCGUAGUGACUACGACUUCAUCCGGUUCUCCACCAUCGAUGAGGCAUCGGUCCUCAAGAGGAUGCUGUCACGAAGCAUGGGCGUGCGUGGCAUAGUGAAAAAAAGGCGACACCUCUUCCUGGUUGGCCAGACGAGAGUGCACGUGGACACUGUGGAAGGUCUCGGUGACUUCGUCGAGCUCGAGGUUGUGCUCGAAGAGACGCAGACGACCGCAGAUGGCCAGGCCAUCGCCGAAAGUCUCUGCAAGGAACUUGGCAUAGAUGACGAUGGCCUCAUCUCGGGCUCGUACAUCGACAUGCUGCCUCACCAAUCACUGUGGCAAUAAAGACUCCAGAGUGAUCGUCUUCUUUUCUGUCCA